UGACCGGGAAAUGCUGCUCGGCUUCAAAACAACAUGGCUUCAAAACAACAGGACGAGAGGUGGAUCGAGGAGGCUACGUGCCCCAUCUGCUUGAAUUUAUUCACCGAUCCAGUGUUGCUGGAGUGCGGCCACAACUUCUGCCGUCUCUGUAUCACACGCAGUUGGGAAAGGGAGGCGAGAAACAUCUGCCCGGAAUGUAGACAGGAGUUUCAGGAAAUAAUCCUCAAAAUGAAUCGGGCCUUAAUGAGACUGGCAGAGAGAGCUCGAAAACUGAAAUUGAGUCCAACAGAGAAAGAAAGUAAACUUCACUGCGAGGAACAUGGGGAAGAACUGAAACUGUUUUGUGAGACAGACAAGACACUGAUCUGCCUGAUCUGUAGAGAUUCGCGGGAACACAAACUUCAUUACUUUAUGCCGAUCAAAGAAGCUGUUGAAAUAUACAAGGCUCAGGUGAAAUCUUCCCUCAUGUCGCUCAUCAGGAGGAAAUGGUCAAUUUUAAAACUGGAGCAGCAACAGAAACAGACGAUUUCUCAGUUUCGGGGUCAGUCACGCAGCCUGGAGUCCCACAUCUCAUCCGAGUUCACUCGAAUACACCAGAGUCUCACCGAGAAAGAGCAGCGAUUAAUCAGAGAUCUCCGAGAACAGGAGGGAAGGGUUGUGGAUCUAAUGGAGAAAAAUCUUCGGUCGAUUCAAGAGAAAUUAACGUCCAUUGAGGAGGAGAUCUCAAUGUUACAGAAACAAAUGGAGCAGAAAGAUGGAGUGAUAUUUCUGAAGGGGGAAUCCUGUCGGAAGAGGAGGGCUGGAAAUGAACGGACACCUACAGUCAUGGAUGGGGCUCUGAUGAUUGACGAAUUUACUGGGCCAUUGCCAUUCCCAGUGUGGAGGGAAGUGCUCGAUGGCAUUCAUCCUGUAUCUGUCACCCUGGAUGUGGAAACGGCAGCUCCAGAGCUUGAGGUGUCCGACAAUCUGAAGGGUGUAAGAGUGACCGGGACCCAGAGGGAUCUCCCUGACAACAGGAAGAGAUUUACGAAUGGGUUUUAUGUGCUGGGAUCGGAGGGUUUCCCAACGGGGAGACACUACUGGGAGGUGGAGGUAGCGGAGAAUCAGGGCUGGAGUCUGGGAGUCGCCGCAGAAUCUGUGGAGAGGAGGAGGAAGGUACAACUGACACCAGAGAAUGGAGUCUGGACCAUAGGGCAGUGGGGAGACCAGUUUUAUGCACUCACCUCCCCUCGAUCCCGUCUCCCUGCCAGUUCCAUCCCCGGGAGACUGGGAGUUUAUCUCAGUUACGAGUCCGGGACAGUUUCAUUUUACAAUGCAGAGACCAAGUCCCACCUCCACACCUUCCCUGGGAAUAAAUUCACAGAAACUCUUUAUCCUUUCUUCGUGACUUGGGAUGAGAACCAGUGGCUGAGAAUUUGCUCCGUCUCUGUCACCCUGGAUGUGGAAACGGCGAAUCCACAGCUCGAGGUGUCUGAGGAUCAGAGGAGUAACAUGGCUUCAAAACAACAAGUUGAGGAUUUCACCGAGGAGGUAAUUUGUCCCAUCUGCCUGGAUUUCUUCACUGAUCCGGUGUCACUGGACUGCGGACACAACUUCUGCCGCCCCUGUAUCACUCAGUAUUGGGAAAAGGGGACGAGAAACAUCUGUCCGGAAUGUAGAGAGGAGUUUCACGAAAUAUCCCUCAGAGGGAAUCGGACCUUGGUGAGACUGGCUGACAAAGCUCGAAAACUGAAACUGAGUCCAACAGAGACGGAAAGUGAUCUUCACUGCGAGGAACACGAGGAAGAACUGAAACUAUUUUGUGAAACUGACAAGACGCUGAUCUGCCUGAUCUGUAGAGAUUCGCGGGAACACAAGUCUCAUAACUUUAUGCCAAUUAACGAAGCUGUUGAAGUUUACAAGGAUCAGGUGAAAUCUUCCCUCACGUCGCUCGCUGAGAGAAAAUCGGCUAUUCUCAAAAUGGAGCAGCAGCAGAAACAGAAGAUUUCUGAGAUUCGGGAUCAGUCACGCAGUCUGGAGUCCCACAUCUCGUCCGAGUUCACUCGGAUACGUCAGAGUCUCACCGAGAAAGAGCAGCGUUUAAUCAGAGAUCUCAGAAAACAGGAGAAGAUGGUUGUGGGUCAAAUGGAGAAAACUCUUCGGAAGAUUCAAAGUAAUUUAACUUCAAUUGAAGAGGAAAUCUCAAAGUUGCAUAGGCAGAUGGAGCAGACAGAUGGAGUGAUAUUUCUUAAGGAAGAAUGCUGUCAGAAGAGGAGGGUGGGAAAUAUCCGGACACUCACAAUCAUGGAUGGGGCUCUUACAAUGGGAGAAUUCAAUGGGCCUUUACCUUUCCCGGUGUGGAGGGAAAUGUUCGAAGACAUUCAGCCUGUCUCUGUCACCCUGGAUGUGGAAACAGCAAAUCAGCGGCUCGAGGUGUCUGAGGAUCGGAAGAGUGUGAGACGGACCCGGACACGGAGCGAUCUCCCUGACACUGGGAAGAGGUUUACAGCCGGGGUUAGUGUGCUGGGAUCGGAGGGAUUCGUAUCGGGGAGACAUUACUGGGAGGUGGAGGUGACGGGGAACCGGCGCUGGAGUCUGGGAGUCGCUGUAGAAUCAAUGGAGAGGAAGGAGUGGGUCGCACUGAAACCAGAAGCUGGAGUGUGGACCAUCGGGCGGGGUGGUGACAGACUUGUUGUAAACGGCUGCCCUGACUCCCGUCUCCCUGCCGGUCCCUUCCCCGGGAGGGUGGGAGUUUAUCUCAGUUACGAGUCGGGGACAGUUUCAUUUUACAACGUGGAGACCAAGUCCCAUCUCUACACCUUCACUGGGAAUAAAUUCAUGGAGAAACUUUAUCCUUACUUCUGGACUUGGGAUGAAAAUAAGUGGCUAAGAAUCUGCUCCGGUUCCGAUCCGGGCCUCCAAAGAGUGGGGUCCCGGGACCGCACUCGGGUCGUUUCUGGGCAUUGCGGGUACUGCAGCGCCUUCAGUGGACAAACGUGGUUACUGCAGGGUUUCGGCAGCUUCGCGAAUGCGAAAGCAUUUCGGACCAGGAAGUGUUGCAUUAAAAUGGCUUCGAAGCACCCGGUUGAGAGCUGGACGGAGGAGGUAAUUUGCUCUGUCUGCCUGGAUUUCUAUACGGAUCCGGUGUCACUGGGGUGUGGACACAACUUCUGCCGCUCGUGUAUCGCACGGUGUUGGGAAAAGGAGGAGAACAAAUCCUGCCCGGAAUGCAGAGAGCAAUUUCAGGAAACAAUCCUCAGAGUGAACCGGGUCGUAGUGAGACUGGCAGAGAAAGCUCGGAAACUGCUGCUGUAUCCUUCAGGGAAGGAAAGUAAACUGAACUGCGAGGAGCAUGAGGAAGAACUGAAGUUGUUUUGUGAGACGGACAAGACACUGAUUUGCCUGAUCUGUAGGGAUGCGCGGGAGCACAAGUCUCAUAACUUUAUGCCGAUUAAAGAAGCCGUUGAAGUUUGCAAGAAUCAAAUGAAAUCUUCUCUCACCUCGCUCACUGAGAAGAAAAUGGCAAUUCUGAAUAUGGAGCAGCAGCAGAAACAGAGGAUUUCUGAGAUUCAGGAUCAGUCACGCAGUCUGGAGUCCCAUGUCUCAACCGAGUUCACUAAAAUACGUCAGAGUCUCGCCGAGAAGGAGAAGCAUUUAAUCGGAGAUCUCAAAGAACAGGAGGAAAGGAUUGUGGAUCUAAUGGAGAGACGUCUUCAGGAGAUUCGAGAGAAAUUAACUUCCAUUGAGGAUGAAAUCUCAAUGUUACAGCAACAGAUAGAACAGAAAGAUGGAGUGAUAUUUCUAAAGGAGGAAUCGUGCCGGAAGAGGAGGAGGCUUGAAGAUGAUCAGAUACUGAUAGUCCGAGACGAGGCUCUGACAAUGACAGAAUUCAAUGGGCCUUUACCAUUCCCAGUGUGGAGGGAAAUGCUUAAUAACAUUCAAUCUGUCUCCAUCACCCUGGAUGUGGAAACAGCGGGUCUGUGGCUCGAGGUGUCCGAGGACUGGAAGAGUGUGAGACGGAGCCAGAUAUCGAGGGAUCUCCCGGACUCCGGGAAGAGGUUCACAGCCCGGGCUUGUGUGCUCGGAUUGGAGGGAUUCACAUCGGGGAGACAUUACUGGGAGGUGGAGGUGGCGGGGAACCGGGGCUGGAGUCUGGGAGUCGCCACUGAGUCUGUGGAGAGGGAGAAAUGGAUUGCACUGAUACCAGAAAAUGGAUUCUGGACCAUCGGGCGAUGGAGUGACAGCUUGUAUGUAAACACCUCUCCUCAGUCCCCUCUCCCUGCUGGUCCCAUCCCCGGGAGGGUGGGAGUUUAUCUCAGUUAUGAGUCCGGAACAGUUUCAUUUUACAACGUGGAGACCAAGUCCCAUCUGUACACCUUCACUGGAAAUAAAUUCACGGAGAAACUUUAUCCUUUCUUCGGGAAUUGGGAUGAAAACCAGUGGAUGAGAAUGUGCUCCGGUUCCGAUCCGGGUCUGUAAACAAGUUGGGUCUGUGACCUGCAUCAGGAGCACAGCUCAGGGGCUGUGGGGCUAAAACCACAUUGACAGCGAGUUGGCGCCGAUCGGAUCCCAAUAAUCCCCAACCAGUGGGAAUAUAUGUGUAUGGAGAGCAAAUAAA